AUGGUCUCCGCACAAGAAACAAACAAUAAAAAAUCCACCCUACUAGGCUACGAACUAACCCCAAGGCAAGACGCCCUGAUCAACCACUUAGUGCCCGCGAUCAGUGCCUCCACCUUGUAUAUUUUCCUUAUCGCAGCCGAUGUAGCUGUUAUAGUGAGCCACUAUCGCAAUGGCGAUCCCAUUUGGGCCUCGCUCACCCUGUUUUUCAUGUUUCUCCCUGUGUUGUGCAGUUUCGUGAUAAUAGUGUCGAACUGGGAACUAUGGCCGGAGUUCGAAGAUUGCGGGAAAGCGAAUAUGUUGUGGUUCUGGAGGAAGACGUUCGAACACUUGUUUUUCCCCGUUUGGAAUAUGUGGAGAUUCGCAGAGAGAAUAUUCUGGUCCAUAGAAGCGGUGAGAUCGACCGAUCAGAAAACGAUCAAAGAUCUAAUAUCAAACGUGACAGCACCACGAUCUAUAGAGUUAUGUAUAUUUUUACAGUCCUAUUUACAUGCUCUACCUCAAGUUUUGCUCCAACUCUAUAUACUCAUGAGGCACAAUACUGAUAUCGACCGACAAACAGAAAAAGCGCAAGUUAUGAGCAUCAUUCUCAAUUUGGUCAAAGUGUCUGUAACAACGACCUACUAUCAACGUUUCAAGUCCCAAAAAUUAACAGGAAAACAGUACCCUUGGUACAAGCAAUAUAAAGCCUUUGUUCAACCUUCAUCUCCAGAAGACGUCUUACGAAGAUCUAUACCAUACUCAGAAUCUAGGAUGAUAGUUGAGGGAAGAAGAACCACUAGAAACCUAGAAGACGUUUAUGACUUGGAACCACCAAGGUAUUCCGCUUUGCGAAGAAGGAGUAGCGACAUAUAUCUCGAACCGUGUACCUCGGAUAGUACCAGCAAGAGACAGACUCUGUUGGAGACCGAUUUUGAUGAAGAUAUUCGUACUAGAGAGAAGGUCGUUGAUGAAGGUUUCGAUGAACCUGAUUCUCAAUCAAAAAAUGUGCUUAACCUGCCGCCUACCAUGAGAGAAACAUCAGUGCUAGACGGACCCAGGCGCAUGGUGUUCAGAGAAACAGGAAUAUCCGGUCAAUCCGAGCCGGAUUUCAGCAUCUCUCGAAUCGUAUACGUCAAGGGCUUGGAAGACGACGAUCUGGCGGGCAAACUAAUCGCCUGCACUUGGUGGUUCUGUUUCCUCCUAGCCAGAGUCCUCGCGAUAUCCGUCUUUGCUUAUUUCUUCAUCAAGGAAACGAUCUGGUUGCUAAGCGCGCACUUCGUAAUAGUAAUGACUUUUUUGUUGUACGACGUUAACACGGACGCGGUUAAGCGAGCCAAGUCCGUAUUUUUUCUAUUCUUGGCUUUGAUUUACAUAUUCUGCAUUAUAGAGUUCAAAAUCAAAUUUAAGAAAGCUACUUUUCUCUACUACGGGUUUUUCUUGCUAGUUUUCAUAGAGAAUUUCGUGAUGUGUUCGAUUUGGUACACAGGAGCAGUCGAGACAAUUGAGGACGAUUUUUGGUUUCGCUAUACGUUUUAUAUUGUGGUUAUGUGCACGCUAGCUAGUUUUUCUUCCAUGGCUUUCUAUUUUGGCUUGAAUAAACCAGCGGAAGUUGUUGUUGCUACAGCGAAAAUAAAAAAAUGA